GAGGAAGAAAUUGGUAGAAUUGGAGAAAAAGUUGGAGAAUUAUGAGAAACGUGUCAAUAAUUUGGAAGAGACCAAGGAAAACAAUAAGGAAAGAACGAGAGUAGUCUACCAGCGACAAAAACCUCAUGCACAAUUAUCGAUACCGAUUUACUCGAGAAAGAAUUCCGAAAAGACCGUGGUCCUUCAUGUCAAAAAAUGAAAGAACUGGCAGCACAGAUUAAUGUUGACCUACAAUAUGUUAACUUUUGGUUCGCACAACGUCGAGUGGCUUCUACAAGGGACAAUGGUAGGAAACCACGAACAACAAUCAAAGGAAAACUUUAUUCCAGGUGAAGCUAUUGAAGUGCUUGAGAAUGAAUUUGCAACUAACCCUGAGCCUUGAACUUCAAUGAACUUCGGAUGAAGACUAACAUACAAGUACAUUUGAUCAACAACUGGUUUUCCGAUCGUCGACUUGCUGUCCAAGAAGAUGCAUUGAUGAGAAGACCUGAAGCUGUUGAACUUCUCGAAAAAGAAUUCCAAAUUACUCCUUUUCCUGUGUUUUACAAAAAACAGAAUCUGGCCAAAAAGAUCUCCAAUAUCUGAUUCGUUUGAAAAUAAUUUUGAAGCUCGGCCAAAAUUAAAUCGAAUAUUUAUUUUGACUAAGAAUGUAAUGUACGAUGGAAUAAUACGGGCUUGCUUGGAAAAUUGGGGAAAAUUGGGGACAAUGAACUGGGAUAUGAUUUUAUUCUGUGAUUAGUA